UAGGAGCUGUUGUUGUGGACGGAGAGACGAGGACGCGAGUGGCCAUUGACGGCAGCCAGGGUGCCGGUGAGCCCCCUCGCCCCACCCCCCCCCCCCAUCUGCUCGGUGUGCAGUCUGUGCUUCGAGGGGCUGAGCAUCAAUGGAGGACCACAUGACGGGGCACAACAAGGAGCAGCGUUAUGAUUGCGACGUGUGUGGCAAGGCCUGGCGGCGCCCCAGCGAGCUGGAGACCCAUCGGCUGGUGCACACGGGAGAACGCCCCUUCGACUGCUCCGACUGCAGCCAGAGCUUCAAGAUGGCGAAUCACCUGAGGAUCCACCUGCGGGUGCACAGCAGUGAACAGCACUUCACCUGCUCCAAAUGUGGCAAAGGCUUCAAGUCGUCCACGGACCUGAAGAGGCACAGGCGCCUGCACACCGGGGAGUGGCCCUACACCUGCAGCGACUGCGGCAAAGGCUUCACUCUGUCCAAUCACCUGCUGGUGCACCAAUACACCCACACCGGCGAGCGUCUCUACACCUGCGCCCAGUGCGGCAAGGGCUUCACCUGCUCCGACCACCUGCUGUCCCACCAGUGGGUGCACACCGGCAAGCGUCCCUACACCUGCACCCAGAGCAGCAAGGACUUUACCCGCUACAACAGACUGCUGGAGCACCAGCGCACCCACACUGGUGAGAGACCCUACACAUGCGCCCAGUGCGACGAGGGCUUCACCCAGUCCUCCAAUCUGUGUGUGCGUGUGAGUGAGAGCGGCCAUUGUGAUGUGACGCAGGCUUUGUCUGGACCAAUCGCUGACGUGUCGCUGACUGACAAGUGGCCGGACCAAUCCUGGCCCCGGAAAUCACCAGAAGUCCCUCCCCCGACUCGCAGCGGAAGUGCGCCUCUGACCUAUCAGGGAAUCUGA